CACACGUUCAAACGGUCCGAUCAUCAUCUCUCCCCAGAGAUGUCAGAGAAUCAAGAAAACACACCCCCGCACGCCUGCCUCACCGGGGCCUUCUGGGUGGGGUGCAGGUUCAUUGAGAGAACCUACAACAUCAGCUGGGAGGUAACCUCGAUCCUGUCAGAGAAACCGUGGUUUGAAGUCGAUGGCACGUUGGGCGUAAGCAUCGUCGCCCGCGUCGUACCGACGCCAGAGCCGCAUCCGAUGUGGCAGCCAACGCUAACGUCGGAGGCGGAGCCGCAGCCAACUCUAGAGGCGCACCCUGCGCAAACCGCGGAGCAGCCAGAGCGAGAGCCAGAAUCGAAACCAGAGACAGAGACAGAGCCGGCGCCGGCGGCGGUGGCGGUGGCGGAUCCCAAUCUUUCGACAACGGAGCCCGUGGGCUCCCUCAUCGAGGACACAGUCCUCAAGAUCACGAUCGGAAUUCUGCCCCCGGGGGUGGGGGACGAGGAGCACAACGACGACAUCAGCCCGGGGACCAGGCCCAGCACCGACCCGGAGGUCCUGCGGCGCGUGUGGAAAGAACUCCGCCUGCAGCAACUGACGACGGCGAAGCUGCACCUAGCACAUAUCCCGGUGCCGCUGUACCGGUCCCUCGAAGCCGUCGACCUCCAGCAGCUGACGUUCGACCCCACGGGGGCGCCGGGGCACAGCUGGCGCUUCCAGUUCGAGCCCGAGGUGCGCGGGUGGGCGACGUUUAUCUGGAUGCAGGAGCGGCCGGACCACGCGCUGCCGCGGCUGGACGACCUGCGGCCGCACUCGCGGCGCAUGCUCGAGACCGAGUUUCUGGGCGCCUUGCACGAGUGGUGGGCGGCGGGGUAUGUCCACCGCCACCCGGACCCCGAGCAUCUGCUGUGGCACCAUCCGGAGAAUAAGUUCUGCUUUGUGGGCUUGCGGUAUGCGGGCCCCUUUGCGCCUGGCGAGCUGAAGGAUCCUAUGCACUAUACCCCCGAGGAGCGCGACGAGGCUGGCUACUGCGCGCUUGUCGUGCUCCUUGGGAGGCUUCUUCGAUCCUGGGAGUAG